AGAAGCCAAGAUGGUGAAAGAUGGGAAGGUCUUCAGAGUGGUCCAAGAGAACUGUUGGGACCCAGAAGUUAGGAUUAGAGAAAUGGAUCAGAAAGGAGUAACAGUGCAAGUUCUUUCCACGGUUCCCAUCAUGUUUAGCUACUGGGCCAAACCUCAGGACACUUUGGACCUUUGCCAGUUUUUAAACAAUGACCUAGCUGGCACUGUUGCAAGAUACCCCCGGAGGUUUGUGGGUCUGGGAACAUUACCCAUGCAGGCUCCUGAGAUGGCCAUCAAGGAGAUGGAGCGCUGUGUGAAGGAGUUGGGGUUUCCAGGUGUCCAAAUUGGCUCCCACAUCAACAUGUGGGACCUGAACCAGCAGGAACUCUUCCCAGUCUACGCAGCAGCUGAAAAGCUGAACUGUUCUCUGUUUGUGCAUCCCUGGGACAUGCAGAUGGAUGGACGAAUGGCCAAAUACUGGCUCCCUUGGCUUGUAGGAAUGCCAGCAGAGACCACCAUCGCCAUUUGCUCCAUGAUCAUGGGUGGGGUGUUUGAGAAAUUUCCUAAACUGAAAGUGUGUUUUGCACAUGGAGGUGGGGCUUUCCCUUUCAUACUGGGAAGAAUCUCCCAUGGAUUCAACAUGCGCCCAGAUCUAUGUGCCCAGGACAAUUCAAGUGACCCAAAGAAAUACCUUGGUUCCUUUUACACGGACUCCUUGGUUCAUGAUCAUCGUCCCUCAAGCUGUUAACAGAUGUCAUAGGAAAGGUAAGCCAGGUCUGCCAUUUGGAUGGCUUAUGGAACAGAAUGCUGGAUCAGCAACC